CGCGACCGAGGAGGACGGUGGCGACUGUCAGCGCGAGCGGCGCUCAAUAUCUCGCGGGGACAAAGCGCUCGAGAGGCACAAAACGGAAGCCUGAGAUCAAAGCUGGAAUGGGAGGAACAGCUUCAUCACAAGAUGAUCCAACUAACGAAGAAAAUCCCACAUCACUGCAGAUAACAAUGAACAGCUCCUCUGCGGAGAUACUGCCACAACCUGAAGAGCAAGGUGACAGCCGAAAGUGCCCAGUGUGUUCCUCCUUCCUAAAGCCUGCAGUGGUUCCAGCAGGAUGUACCACUUCGCUACUGCAGUGCACACGAUGCUCUGCCACACCACUGUGUGAGCACUGCCUGUACCCUUGCCCUGAUGGCACCUGCACCAACCGGUCGUGUCCUGUCAUCUCAUUGCUGCUCACCUGUGACCGAGUCACGGAUUCGUUAAGCAAAGUGUGCGGCUGCCCUCUUUUCCGAGCCUGUCCCAAAUGCCACAAUAUAAUGAUGCAUGGGAAAGGGUGCAAGUAUAUGACAUGUCCACAGUGCAAACAUAGAUACUGUUUUAUCUGCCUAAGGAACAGAGAGGAAUGCGUAAAGGACAAAAACAAGUACUGGUCCCUGACUUGCUCCGCACCCACAGCAGCACGGCAACGAUUUCAAACCUGACGAGCUGGACAUAGGAGAUCUCUCAGAGCUGUGUGUGUCUAUAUCUAUCUCUCUAUCUAUCUAUAUCAGGAAAAUUUAAACAUGGUGACAGUAUAUUUGAGACUAUAUUCAAAUAUUCUAAACAAACUAUUUUUGUAAACUCAGAACUAAAAUAUUCCACAUUCAUAUUGUUAUUUUGAGUCAGAAUAUACACUUACCUGAU